CACGCAGGGAGAGCGUGGCGCGCGUGCUCUCCUUUCCGAGCCAAUCACAUUUUAGAUAAACACAAUGUUGCGUCAUUGUUAUUGUGGUAGUUGGAGCUCCAGCUGCUUGCAGGCAUUUCGCCACCAUUUCGCUGAUAUAUAGGCCUUUAAACCUGCGGAGACUGCAUUAUAACGCUGCAAUGUCACUACCGGUGGACACUUCCUCUGACGAGAGUCUGCAAGGUUCCUGGGUUGAGCUGCAUUUCAGUGGGAAUGGCUCCCAAAGUGCCAGUCAACAAGGAAGCCAGGAGCAAAUUCCCUCAUCCAGCCUGGCGGCCGACAUGGAGAAUAUGUUGCUAGAAGCACAGCACGAAUCAGGCAGGAGCAGCUCCAGAGGAAGCUCUCAGUGCAACAGCCCACGCAGAGCACAGACCCCGCUUCUUCUGUGGAAAGGCUCAGAGGGGAACAGCUCACAGUCAGAUGAAGAUUUCCAAGAGAGAAUACGGGAAGUUGAGAACCUGAUGAAGAAAAAUGCUGACUGGAUCUGGGACUGGUCUAGCCGUCCUGAGAACAGUCCACCAAAGGAGUUCCUGCUGAAGCACCCUAAGCGCUCAACCUCUCUCAGCAUCAGGAAAACCAGCGUCAUGAAGAAGGGAGGCUUUCUCUCUUCUGACUUUCUGAAGCUUUUCCUUCCAUCAUUUAUCAUUUCCCACAUACUCGCUGUUGGCUUAGGGAUAUAUAUUGGAAGGCGCCUAACACAUCCUAAAUAGGAUCGUGGCGCUUGGCACUACCGCAUCAACGUCAUGCAACCAUCUUGGCAUGCCUUAAAACGGGACCUUCUAAUGAUCAAGGGAAAUGUAGUAGCCAUGUGACAUGGUCCAGUUUAAUUCAGUGUUCCACAUUUCCCACAGCAGUGUGGAGAGUUAAGAUCAGUCAUUGCUGUUUUUUGGGUGUAAACCUCUGAACACAGCAGUGGCCAGUCCACUUCUCCUUGCUGCAGUCCCUAUCCUGGACAUGACUGUUUUGCUUUUUGCUCCUAAAAUUCGCACACUGGGGGACCUAUAUACAUAUAUUAUAUAUAUAUUGUAUAUCACUGCGUUUUCUUCUUUUGAUUGAACUCAAAUCACAUUUGAUUUGAAAUAAUGCAAGCAGUUUUUUUAGAGGAGGCAGAUGGCUCAAAGAAAUUUAACUUGACUGUUUUAUUUGUUUUGGGGAAUCUUUAGAAUAGUUGAUGGCACUCAUUACUGAUUGCUUAGUUGUGCAAUGAUAAAUUGUGAUUUAAAAAAAGAACAAACAGCAUAGAAAUGGUGCAUGUUCAUCAUGAAAAAACAUUAAAAGUGUGAAACGUAUGCAUGACCUUAA